CGGAUCCUGGCUUUAUUCCUCUUAAACCCUUCCUCACCCAAGAGACAGUCUGCAAAUCGCUCUUAACAUCGAAGCGUUUCUUCAGCAUCUUAUCCUCCUUUACCAAACCAUCCAUGGCGUUUCGAAUCAAAGAAAUUAUCACCGAAUUGUAAUUUUAUUUAUGUUUUAGUUCUCUGGACAUUGCUCGAGCAUCGGAAGCAGCAAUGGCGACCCUUUAUCCUUCUCACUUAUUAUCUGCGUCCUCCCACCUCCAAUCCUCCACUAAAAUGGCGUUCGGGCCUCACCCUUCUCCUUCUUCCCAUGGGCUCAAGAUGGGUUUGGCACAGUGUAAUGAAAUACAUGCCUUUGGUCAGAGUUUUAAGCCUUAUGGGCUGCGUUCAAAUUCUCGGCACAAUAUCUUGCAUGCAAUAAAUAUGACUGCAGGACAGUCAGAUGACUCAGGGAAGAUGAAAUUUGAUCAGCUGAUUGAUAAAGCAAGACAAGUGUGGGAAAGUUCUCCACAACCUGUCAAGAGCUUCCCUUGGAAAAGAGCAGCACAAAACUUUGUUCAGCUCAUCAUUGACCUUAUACUAGCAGUUGUCAAGUACUUGUGUGUACCUCUAUUUGCAGUUUCCUCGCUUAGUGAAAUGUCUUACUGUGCUCAUGAAAGGAAGUUGUUUUUCAUUCCUAUUCCUGUCCUCAUUGGAAUGGCUAUUGCUGAAGUCUUUAAACUGGCAGCACUGGAUGCUUCUCCACGUCUUAAGGAUGCAGAGGUUCCCUGGCAUCUGAUUCUUAUGGCAAUUUUCUUCACACUGCUCAAAUUGCCGGGUCCAUAUUACCCAUUUUGGGGGAGAAUAUUAAUCCCACACUUUGCUAAUGGGGGUUUGUUGAGGACAUUAUGGCUUGCGUUUUUGUGGUACAGAAGACCUCAAAAGGCAUUGAGAAUGGCACCAUCACAACAUGCUGAAAGUGACGGUCGGUCUGAAGUUGAGCCAAAUAAGCUCUAGUUCAUGCGUCCAAAACUGCACCAGAUGAAAUUUUCUCCGCUGAAAGAAAUUACUCAAAGGCGGAAGCGGCAUCGAUUUGGAGAUAUAAUGAGCGGUUCUUGGGAUGCCUUUGGUGGUCUUGGUAACUGCUACACAUUUUGCCUUGUUAGGAAACCUUUGUAACUCUCAUUUCUAUUUCUUUUGUUUGGUCGGGAGAGGAAGGUGUGCAGGUUUCGAGUAGCUAAGGAGAAAUUUAAUAUUCAGUAUGUUGGAAAAUUAUUGAUACAUGAUAUACAGAUUGUUGAAGCUCUGUGUUUUGAUUGUUUGUCUUCAUACAAGUGUUCCCUAGAGCAGGACAUAUUUAAACAGAAAUCAUCGACUUUACAAUAUACCAUUGAUUCCAAAA